AUGUCGUUCAGCUCUGCCAAGUUCUUGCGUAUCGAUGAUGCCCGCUUUAGCUGGUGCUCUGCUGUUGCUGUCGCCGUCGCCGUCCAUCUGUCGUUUCCGCAACAGCGUGGCUGGAGAGUCGCCCAUGUUGCUCGACAAAGGACUGGCCUUACAGGCGACUGCGUUAUCCUACAACCCCUUCGACAACUCCCUCAGCCUGUCUUUCAAUCGCCGUCGGGUGAAGGCGCUCUGGAUAUGCAGUUCCCCAACCACCCGAAUGCCGCUCCAGCAAUGGAAUACCAUGUAGCCGCUCCGGCAGACAAGCGGAAUCAAGCUGUUCCGGGAUCAUUUUCUCAAGUUUGGGAGCGAAAUCCGGACAAAUAUGGUCAGACCGCCCAAAACAACCAGCAGAAGUGCUCCCAGCAAGUCCCGGCCUUUUUCAAGGACAGUGUUAAGCGGGCUCGAGAGAGGAAUCAGAGUCCUCACACUACGUUGCCAGUUCUAAUCGCCCCGUCAUGCAGACAAAGUGAGACUGAGAGGAGGCUCCAGGAGCCAAACGUCGGUCAAGAAAGACGACAUCAGAUCUGGUCCAUCACUGGCCGCAAAGAAGGACAAUACUUGCGAUUUUUGCGAACCAAGGACAGCCCCGCGAACUACCAAGCAAUCAAAGUCAUUGGCAAGGGCGCUUUCGGUGAAGUCAAACUAGUACGGAGAAGGGCAACCGGCCAGGUCUACGCAAUGAAGUCCUUGAUCAAGACAGAAAUGCUUCAGAGAGACCAGCUUGCAAAUAUUCGAUCAGAGCGCGACAUCUUGGCAGAGGCUGAAAGUCCCUGGGUUGUGAAGCUUUUCACCACUUUCCAGGAUGCGCAUUUCCUCUAUAUGCUUAUGGAAUUCUUACCUGGCGGUGAUUUAAUGACAAUGCUUAUCAAGUAUGAGAUCUUCUCGGAAGCUAUAACACGGUUUUACGUGGCAGAGUGCAUAUUAGCCAUUGAGGCAGUCCACAAACUAGGCUUUGUCCAUCGAGACAUCAAGCCCGACAAUAUCCUCCUAGACCACGGCGGCCAUGUUAAGUUGGCAGACUUUGGCCUUUCCACCGGCUUUCGUCGUCUGCAUGACAACAGCUACUACCAGCAGCUACUGCAGGGGAAGUCCGAUAAGCCGAGAGACCGGAGCUCAGUUGCCAUUGACCAGAUUGACCUUACUGUCGGCAAUCGAGCGCAGAUUAAUGAUUGGCGACAGUCGAGGAGGAGGCUGAUAGCAUAUUCUGCGGUUGGAACACCUGACUAUACUGCGCCCGAGAUAUUCAGUGGCCAUGGUUACUCGUUUAGCUGCGAUUGGUGGUCUCUCGGCACAAUUAUGUACGAGUGCCUGGUGGGAUGGCCUCCAUUUUGUGCUGAGCAUCAUCGCGACACGCACCGCAAGAUUGUGAACUGGAGACAGGCUUUGUGUUUUCCCGAUGACGUCCAGCUUGGUCUCGAAGCUGAAAAUCUUAUCCGAAGCUUGAUUUGCAAUCAUGAGGACCGAAUUGGACUUGGCGGUGCGCAAGAACUCAAGGCUCACCCUUUCUUUCGGGGAGUCGAGUUCGACGGCCUACGCCGUAUCAGAGCACCAUUUGAGCCACGACUGGUUUCCAAUAUCGACACGUCGUAUUUUCCCACGGACGAAAUCGAUCAGACCGACAUUGCCACCCGAGUCAAGGCCCAGGGGCAGCAGGGCGUCGAAAUGCCGUCGGGGGAUUCGUUGGACAUGAACUUGCCUUUUAUUGGAUACACUUUUAAGCGGUUUGACACCAAUUUCGGGUAA